AUGGCUUCCAACAAGAGUUUGCAUAGGCGGUCAAGCGGAGGCGCCGACGGGAUGGCGACAGCUGGCGCUGACAACCCCAGCCACUUUGAUGCUGUCUCCCCAUAUGGAGCAGUCCCACCCCCUACUUCACACUUUGAUGCUGGCUCGCCAAUGGUGGCUCAGAUGUCGGUGCCAUCCAACGUGUACCGGACUGCUAGCAACAUGCGCCCCAGCGACAAGCCUCCCCGGGGCGCGGUGCUGUCUCCUGCCACCAGCAAUGCCGCCGAACUCAGCUCACAAGAUGGGGGGGAGUACAACGACCAGAGAACGGACCCCGCCUCGCCGUCCUCGGUGCCCUCAACGCACAGGACCCUGAGCCGCCUCUCCAAGGGGGACGCCGUCCAGCGCAUGAGCAGUCUGCACAGCACCCCCCUGAGCCGUCUGGGCAGCCUCGCCCGGGACCCCGAGGGCCGCAUGCAGCUCGGGCGCAUGGCCAGCCUGGGGACCAUUCCCGCAGGCGCGCUCGAUUUGGAGGGCCCCGCCGCGCUGACGUCGAUGGGGUCUGGCACGAGCGAGAGCGACCUGGACUCCCCAGUGGAGGGCAAGGCGCUGAGCCGCAUCAAGACGCGGACCGGGCUGGGGGGACAGCUGGCAUACGGCGACAAGAGCAAGCAUGCGGUGCAAGACUACACGGAAGCGCUCGCCGAAAACGGCGACCAGUACGGCGACCCGAACAAGAUCCCCGUGUGCAACAUGUGUGGUGACACGGUCGCCGACGAUCCCGACGGCUUCGUCCCCUGCGAGUGCUCCUUCCGCCUGUGCGCCACGUGUCUCGAGCACGUCAAGAGCUACGAGGGCAACAAGUGCCCCGGCUGCCGCAGCCAGCUGCGCGACAAGGACAACUGGCUGGCGAUGCAGGAGUACUACCACGAGGAGGGCGACACGCCGCGCAUGCUGAAGAAGAACGUCAGCGACGUGCGCAUGCUCACCGCGCCGCCCAGCAAGCGCGUCAAGACCAUCGACGAAGAAAGCGGGGCCAUCACCGUGACCGUCAACGCAGAGAUGGUCCCGGUGAACCUCGCCGACUACGGGUACGGCAGCGUUGCCUGGGAGACGCCUCCCGACAAGUCGCCCGAGAGGGCCGUGCCCAAGGCUGACAUCACCAAGAAGGGCCUCUUCCGUACGGUCCACGUGGACGGCAGCAAGCUGGGGCCGUACCGGAUCUUCACAUUUUUGCGGCUGGUGUUCACGGCGAUGUUCCUGUACUGGCGGUGCACGCACCCCACGACGCAGGGCUACUGGCUCUGGGUCUGCUCCAUUUUCGCAGAAGUCUGGUUCUUCUUCUCUUGGAUCUUGGAUACGCUUCCCAAGCUGUCCCCAGUGGACCGGGAGACCUACAAGGACCGCCUCCGGGCCAUCUACGACGAGGGCGGCGAGAAGCUGCCGCAGGUGGACGUGUUCAUCACGACCGCUGACGUCACCAAGGAGCCGCCGCUGACGACAGCGCAGACGAUCCUGUCGGUGCUGUCGGUGGACUACCCGACGACCAAGCUGGCGUGCUACCUCUCGGAUGACGGCUCUGCCAAGCUCAUGUUUGACGUCAUGGCCGAAACCGCCGGAUACGCCAGGCUGUGGGUGCCGUUCUGCAAGAAGUACAACAUCGAGCCGCGCAACCCGGAGCAGUACUUUGGCCAGAACAUCGACUUCACCGCCAAGCAGAUCCAGGCAGACUUUGUCAAGAGCAGGAGAAAGGUCAAGCGCGAGUACGAGGAGUUCAAGGUGCGCGUGAACGCGCUCGUAGCGGCGUCGCGGCACCCCCCCCCGGACGGCUGGAAGAUGCGCGACGGCACGCCCUGGCCCGGGAACAACCGCAGGAACCACGACGGGAUUAUCCAGGUGUUUCUGCACCCCGACGGCGACGUGCGCGACGUGGAGGGCAAUUUCCUGCCGCCCCUAGUUUACGUGUCCCGGGAGAAGCGGCCGGGGAUCGACCACAACAAGAAGGCGGGCGCCAUGAACGCGCUCCUGCGCGCGAGCGGGCUGAUCACCAACGGGCAGUUCAUCUUCAACCUCGACUGCGACCACUACGUCAACAACUGCGAGGCCGUCCGUGACGCGCUGUGCUUCUUCCUGGACCCCAUCAAGGGCGGCAACGUCGGCUUCGUGCAGUUCCCGCAGCGAUUCGACGGCAUCGACAGGAGCGACCGCUGGGCCAACAGGAACGAGGUCUUCUUCGACGUAAACAUGAAGGGGUUGGAUGGCCAGCAAGGGCCCGUGUACGUUGGCACCGGGUGCUUCUUCCGGAGAAAAGCGUUGUACGGGUACUACCCCGCGAACGCGCGCAGCCGGAGCGACGAGGAGAGCGAGGGCGGGUGCUGCUUCGGGCUGUGCUGCUGCUGCGGGGGAUCCCGCAAGAAGAAGCACGCGAGCAAGCCGGGGGCCGUCACCGCCGUCGCGGCCGCGGACGUUCUCACCGACGAAGAGGCCGCCAACCUGGUGAAGGUCCCGCGCACGAACAAGUACCGCCUGGGGAUGUGCGCGCACUUCAUCGACACCGCCCAGGAGGAUGACUCCAUCCCCGUGCAGCCGCUGAGCCCGCGUUCGAUGCUGAGCGACGUGGUGCUGGCCAUCUCGUGCGACUACGAGGAGCAGACGGACUGGGGCGACAAGAUCGGGUGGAUGUACGGCUCCAUCACGGAGGAUAUUCUCACCGGCCUGCGCAUUCACACCCGCGGCUGGAUCUCCAUCUACUGCAACCCCGAGCGGGCCGCCUUCAAGGGCAGCGCUCCGCUGAACAUGACGGACCGGCUGGUCCAGGUGCUGCGGUGGGGCACGGGCGCGGUGGAGAUUUUCUUCAGCAAGCGCAACCCGGCGUGGACCAUGUGGAACACCGAGCUCAUGCUGCGCCAGCGCAUCGCUUACGCCACCAACUCGUUCUACCCGUUCACCAGCAUUGCGCUGUUUGUGUACUGCCUCCUCGCGCCGCUCUCGCUGCUCACCAACCUCUUCUUCGUGCCCACGCUGGACCGUUACGCGACGGUCUGCUUCGUGGGACUGAUCGGCAGUUUCUUGGCGUGCUCCAUCUGCGAGCUCCGCUGGAGCAAGGUCUCCUUUGAGGCCUGGUGGCGGAACGAGCAGUUCUGGGUUAUCGCCGGAACCAGCGCGCAUCUUGCCGCCGUGCUCCAGGGCAUCCUGAAGGUAACCGCUGGCCUGGAGCUGAGCUUCACGCUGACGGCCAAGGGCAGCGAGGACGGCGAAGAGGUCGACGAGCUGCACACGUUCAAGUUCAGCAACCUGCUGGUCAUCCCGUCCUUCAUCGGGCUGUUCAACAUGCUGGGCGUCGUGGCGGGCUUUGCGCGCGUGUUCAUGAGCGGCGGCGGCAGCGGCAGCAAGGAGUGGGGCAAGCUCUUUGGGAAGCUGUGCUUCUCCUUCUGGGUGCUCAUCCACAUGUACCCCUUCGCCAAGGGCAUGAUGGGCAAGCGCGACCGGCUGCCGACCAUCGUGAUCGUGUGGACGGUGCUCAUCGUGGUGACGGUCUCGCUCGUGUGGAGCGCGUUCUUCGGAGGGUAUUAGGAGGCGCACUCGGGCCGCGCGUUCCUUUUUGUGGCUGGUAGCGAGAGCAAAAGGUGCUGGCUCAUUUGUUCGUAGCGUAGUUCUAAAAUUAGUUGCGAGACUGACCUGAUCAUUUGUUGGGCA